AUUCAAAUUGGUGUCUUGGCUCCAGGCGAGUCCACCACCACGGCUACCCAAAGGCUCUCUCUCUAUCUCUCUCCAACUCUGCCCCUAAACCAUGGCCAGCAGCACCACCCCCGACCUCUUCUCCUCCUUGAUCUCAGACAUCAAAACAUACUCUGGCAAAGAUCCUCUUCUCCCUUGGAUCCGAGGGAUCCGAAAGAUGAAAGAAUCGCUGCCUUCUCAACUUCUCAAGGAGAAGCUCCCCAGGUUUUUGCAGAAGUGCGCGCAGACCUUCGAGUCCGAUCGGCGUUACAGAAAUGACUUGCGGUACCUCCGCGUCUGGUUACAGUUGAUGGAUUUUGUGGACGAUCCGAGAGCACUUCUGAGGACCAUGGAGGCGAACCACAUCGGGACAAAGCGGUCCUUGUUCUACCAGGCAUAUGCUCUAUACUUCGAGAAGAUCAAGAAAUUUGAGGAGGCGGAGAAAAUGUACCAUUUGGGUGUGCAGAACUUUGCAGAGCCUGUUGAUGAAUUGCAGAAAUCAUAUGAGCAGUUCCUUCACCGCAUGGAGAGAUACAAGAACAAGAGGACCCUGCGCCAAGAAGGAAAAGCUGCCAAAAGACUGGUAUCUGCCAGUAGCAUUUAUCCAAAUGUAAGUAAAACUGAAGAAAAUAAUGAAAAUAUAUGCAGAGUUGAGGAUAUGCUUACAAGAAGCCGGCAUGACAGAGCUUUACCUGUAACACUCCCUGAUGAUCAUCAACCUCAUAAGAAGAUUUUAGAGGAAAGUCCUCUGAGGCUGAAGCCAUUAAUGGAACCUAAUUAUACUAGGGUUUCAGAAAAUUAUUGUAACGUUAGAACAGAUCAAGAUCUGUCUGCGAAGAAGGAAUUUGUUGGAACGAUUGCACCUGGAGGUAUCUCUAAGCAUCAAGUAAUUACUGAAAGAGAGUCAGAGGAACUGAAGUUCGUAGACACUGUCAUUGUUGGAAAGUCUGAAGCUGAAGAUGCUUGCCAUCAUGGGCUAGUAGAUCCCACAAUAAACAUGAAGGAGGCCAUGCGUGCCAUUAAUAGCAUGUUUCGAGAACCUAUAGAGGCAGUUCCAGUUGGUUGGAGAUCACGCACAAGCCAACCAAAGGUAGAAGGUACUUGCCAGUCUGAUCAGGAGUCACUAAAAAUCUAUGUUGAUGAUGAAGAAGGUAGUGAAGUUAAAGAGAAAAAUGAGGAAAAGGAUAACAUUGAGCAGCGUGAUGUUCUAAAUAAGACAGAAGGGUCCAUCUCUUCUGCUUUGCGUGGAAAUGCUUUUGUGUUUCCUAGUCCAAAUGAUUUUGCAUCUGAAGGUUCUGACGAUCAGAAUGUAGAGGGCUCGACUCAGUCAAAGUUUAGAGAGGACACAGUUGUUUGUAGGUUUGUUGGGUCAACUAUUUUAGAUGAGCCAGAAGUUGAAAAUGUUUGCCACCAUGGGUUAGUAGACCCCACAAUCAACUUGAAGGAAGCUAUGGAGGACAUAAAUAACAUGUUUGGGAAACCUAUGGAUUUUGUACGGAGCAAGAGAUCGAAAAGGCAGGACAAAGCCCCAGAGCAUGAAAGAGAUUUUGGUGGGUUUUCAAUACUUGUCGAUGAUGACCUAGAAGACCAGGAAGUUCAGCUGCAGCCAAACUUGGCCGGAACAUCAAGAGAGCAUGAUCUGUUUGAGCCAACUGUGUUUACAAAGGAGGCCAUGGAUGAUAUAAAUAAGAUGUUUGGAAUGCCGUUGAACUUUUAAGAUGUUUGGCCGGAAUGCCGUUGAACUUUCAGAAAUGUUGGAUUUGUUAUGGAUGAAAAAGAAAUUCAGUGAGCCAUGUUCUUUAUCA